AUGGAGACGUCGAACAAGGCGCGGGAUCCUCCUUCCCGGGGAGGAGAAGAGGAGGAGGAGGAGGAGGAGGAGAGGGUCCCGCUGAGCCUGACGUUCGCUGCGCAGAGCGGCACCUCCCGGGCGGCCAGAGUGUUCGAGAAGUUUGAAGCUAAAAUCCAUCACCUUGAAAGCAGAGCAGCUAAAACACCCAAGCAUCUGGCUGAUGAUGACCUUGAUUUCUUUGUGAAAUGUGAAGUUCUGAGCUCUGACGUCAGCAGCCUUGUGAAUUCCUUAAAGAGGGUGGCAGAGAACGUGAAAACCCACAGAGAAGAAAGAGCCUUGUGGUUUCCAAAAAAGAUACGGGACCUUGACAACUGCCAUCACCUGAUCUCUAAAUAUGACCCCGAUUUGGAUCAUGAGCAUCCGGGAUUUGCUGAUCCAGAAUACAGGAAGCGGAGAGCCUUCAUUGCUGACUUGGCCUUUAACUUCCGACAGGGUGAUCCUUUACCAAGAGUCGAGUACACUGCCCAAGAAACUGCUACGUGGAGAGAGAUCUACCAAAAGCUGAGAAGUCUUUACCCUACCCAUGCUUGUAAGCAAUACCUGGAUGGCUUUCACCAGCUUGAAAAAUACUGUGGAUACCGAGCAGGUUCCAUCCCUCAGCUGCAAGCUGUCUCUACAUUUUUAAAAGAAAGAACAGGCUUUCAGCUGAGACCAGCUGCGGGGCUUCUCUCUGCUCGAGAUUUCCUUGCUGGCCUGGCAUUUCGAGUCUUUCAGAGCACACAGUAUAUACGGCAUUCAUCUUCCCCGAUGCAUUCCCCAGAACCUGAUUGCUGUCAUGAACUCCUGGGCCAUGUUCCCAUGUUAGCGGACAAGGAAUUUGCACAGUUCUCACAGGAUAUUGGACUGGCUUCUCUUGGAGCAUCUGAGGAAGAUAUAGAAAAGCUGUCAACUCUCUACUGGUUUACUGUUGAAUUUGGUCUCUGCAAACAAAAUGGAUCUAUCAGAGCCUAUGGAGCAGGUCUCCUUUCCUCUUAUGGUGAGCUGGUGUAUGCUUUAUCAAAGGAGCCAGAAUACAAACCUUUUGAUCCAGACGUGAUGGCAGUCCAGCCUUACCAGGACCAGACUAUCCAGCCUGUGUACUUCGUAGCAGAACAUUUCGAAGAGGCGAAGUCUAAGCUACAAAAAUAUGCUCUUCAGAUCAAGAAACCUUUCUCUCUUCAUUAUGAUCCCUUCACUUCCAGCAUAGAAGUUCUUGAUUCACCACAAAAAGUAAAGGAGAUUGUCUAUUACUUGAAAGAUGAACUGAAAAAUCUCUGCCAGGCCUUUGAAAAGCUUUCCUGA